AUGCCUCGUUCAUCGACAUGGACAAGUGCUGUGAUCCUGUCACUGCUGCUUUCGACCUCGUCAGCGGUGUUGGCGGAUGCGAACGCGGCACCCAACCAUGCGCAGCGGCGCCGUGUGCUCGUUGCAGCGGCGCCGAAGCAGACGCCGCCGCCGGCUCGUCGACCUCGAGCACUAGCAGGUGCACCCUCUGCCGCUGCUGCCAUGCGCGCCCGAGCGGUCAGCGACGACGACGUCAUCCUCGUCACCACGACCCAAGAUCGCAGCGGGAAUCAGAUUGUUGAAGGUGGGUCUCUCCUUUAUGCUUUGCUUUAGCAGGCGCUCCUCUCCUCCGUCACCGCCUCGGGGGCGUCUCCUUUCUCGCUGGCCGCCACAGUGGCUCCAGGAGUUGGAUCACGCCCACGGCGGUUCGGGGUCGCGCGCGGGUGCUCGGAUCGCCCGCAUUCCUGGUCGAUGCACGCGCCGGGCCGCGCCUGGAGAGGGAGCGGGCGCGGGCGCGGGCCCUUUGCGCAGCCACCUGGAAAGCGCGUGCGCGGGGCCACGCGCGUUUGCUCGGGCGUGUUCUGAGCGCGUGUGAGGAAAGCGUGCUGCUGCCAGUCGAGAAACAAGAAACCGGGCGACUCCGUGCCAGUCACACCCUUUACAAUGACCGCAUGAUAGUUUUGACUGACCACAACAUUCCCGGCAAUUCCCACCUGUGCAGUGAUCUAUGAAAGCGUGCUUCGAGAUGGUUCCACCGUUAACAUCACGUCGAUCCUUGGCGCGGUCUCGACGUCGACAUCACGCCUGCCGAGGUCGACCACAUCCCUGCCGAGCUCUUCCUCGGACUCGUCGACAUCAGAAGAUCCGAGGUCAACAAGCUCGACAACCGAUACAUCCGAUAGGUCGCGGCCCACCUCGGCCCCGGUCGACGACAGCGAGACGACCUCGAGGAGACAGCGAACGACGUCCAGUUCGUCGGACGACACUUCGUCCUCGACCGAUGACAGCACCGUAACCCCGACAACAACAACGGGCCGCGCUCGUACGUCCGAUACGGAACCUGUGUCUCCUCCGACGGCCUCACCGACGACGACAUCCUCGUCGAGUGAAUCGUCCGCAUCGGACGAGCCCACAAGCAGAAGAGGAGGUGUCGUGGCGUCUCCCACGUCGAACGACGACUCGAGCUCGAGCUCGACCACCACUGGGUCGACGACGUCGGACGCAGCAUCCUCCACUUCAACGACGACGGGCGAUGCUACCCCGACAACGGGCUCAGCGUCCACUACCACCCCCACGACCAUAACUCCCGGAUCCUCGUCAACGACGACGACACAGGGAAGUGGCAUGUUCUCGAGCAUCUUGUCGAUCGUUGGAGGGAUGGGAGGGCAGCUGUCGGGUCUUCCCCCGUUGCAAUCGACGACUGCGGACUCGGAGUCGACCACGGCAACGGCCAGCCCGGCAGCUUCACCCACAACGACCUCCGCCGACGAUGGAGCGGCAGCGUCUCCGACGCCCACCACCACCACAUCGGACGACACCACGCCAAUAACGCCCAGUGCCGCAGGCUCGACCGAUGGCCCUGAAUCAACGACCACGACGACCACCACGACGACCACCGAUGCGGCAACCACCACAGGCCCGUUGAUCUCGCUCUCGAUCCCGAUCAUCAUCCCGACGCUGAUCCCCGUCCCGACGUCGACCGCGGACGAUUCUGCCCCCACAACUUCGCCGGCUGCGAUGACGACGAGCGCUGGAGACGCCGCUUCGCCGACCCUUGAACCGUCGACGACCCCCGCUGCGACGCACGAUACGCCGACGUCGACGACUGCUCCGCUGAUCUCGCUCUCGAUCCCGAUUGUGAUCCCCACCCUAAUCCCGGUCCCGACGACGACUUCGGAUGUCCCAGCGCAAACUACCGGUGCUCCCGCUCAGACAACGAACGCCCAAGGGCAGCAGCCAUCUGCUUCUACCCCACCUGCUCAAACGACGCCGCCUCAGGCCCAGACGACGGGCUCCGGUGGUGACCCACAGACGACGCCCACAACACCCCAGGGGACGGCGAUUCUCAGUCAGCUGUCGAGUCUGUUCCCGUCAGUGUUCCCCACCGCAGGCUGGGCCGAGACGACGACAGCCACAGAAGCCGGCGCAACAACCCGGGCUCAGGCACCUACCGCCACCUCCUCGACUCCAGCAGCAUCAGUGGACCCCGUCGCCCCCGUCACAACCUCAGCUGCGGGUGCCGCCGUUUCGAGCACAGCGUCGACUUCGGGUGCGACUGAAGCGCCGGAUACUUCGUCGACCAAGGAGGGCGCCGCGCCUACUUCGACGACGUCCGAGGCUUCGGUCUCGCCCCCCGCUCCUUGGGUCCCUACCUCGACCCUAUUGGUGCAGGCUUCCACGCCGACCGAGACCGACGCGACGAGCACGACCUCGACGACCGCCGCUGGCGCCGGGGCGACAACGAUCCUUCUCAGCGGCACGCCUCAUGUGACCAUCACGAGCGCCGUGACGUUCCCGACCGACCUUCCGAGUCGCAUCAUCCCCGCUGAGUCCGACUCGGUCUCGACCACGUCCGAGGUGCAGGUUAACGGUACCUCGGUGCCGACGACCAUCGUCUCGAUCUUGCUCGGCGAUGCGCUGCCCUGGACGUGGCUCGUGCAAAACUCGGACGCGUCGAGUCAGGUUCUGUAUUACAUGCCCAAGAUCGUAGCGCAGGCGCUCAGCAUCUCGGAGGACCAAGUGCAGACCGUGGCGUUGCAGGCGUACCAACAGGCGUCGUACGACGAGAAAUCCAAGGACACGAUCCUGUCGGUCUACCUCGCCAAGCUCCCUUCGAGCUACGUCGACACCCUCGCGGCGAUGCUCAAGGCGGCCAACAGCCCCCUUUACGGUCAAUCGGGCGUCGCUGGUCAGCUGUCGCAACAAUUUGUGCCUUCGUUCUCGGUCACGUCAUACUCGUCGCUCGCCAAGUCUGGUGGAUCGACGGCCAACAUCGCCGCCAAUGGUACACUGAUCACCGCUCCCAAAGACAACUCGAAGACGAUCAUCAUCGCAGUCGUCGUGACCUGCGGUGUGAUCUUACUUGUCAUCGCCGGGUACCUCGCGUGGAGGGCGACCAAGGAGGGUGCGAUUGCGCUCGGCUCCGAUGGCGGUCGCUUUGGCCGCGGUAGCGCCCCGUCGAACCAGUAUUACCAACGCCGGGACAUGGACCCGACAUUGCGCGCGUUCCAGCUCGGGGGUGGUCGACUGCAGCUACGUGACGACGACCGCGACUCCAUUCGAUCGCACUCAACCGUUACCUCGGGUUUCUCGGAUCGUGCCAGUGCGAUGGCCUCGGAUCGCCGAGGAACCCAGACGAGCAUCGACUUUAGCGACCUUGCGAGUGCGGGGCCGAGCCAUACCACCGGCGGCGGCAGUCGCGGUAGCUGGUGGCGUUUCUCUACGCAGAGCAACAGUGGCUCGUCACCGAGCUCGGGUGGUCUCAGCUCAGACAUGCGCCAGGGCCCGCGGCGGGUCAACAUUGUUCGUGGCCCGAACGGACUAAUAGACACUUCGGCCAUUGGAAGGUGAGCAGCCUCGUUUCGUGUUCUCGCUAUGGGCUCUUGAUUGACUCUAUCUUCCUGAACCAUCCUCGCAGACCGACAAUCCAAUCCAACUCUCUCAUGUUGUGA